AUGGCCGCCGUGACAGAUCAUCUCGAAGGACUGCUUCAAUGGACAGAAAACUUCCAGACUGCCCAAGACCUUACAAAUCUGGGCCUUACGAUGACUGACAACAAAAACUUCAAUAUUUGCCCUAGUUGUUACGAGGGUGUCUUCGCCGGUACACCCUUCGACGUGGACUUCAAACAGAUAUGGCUGAACGACUAUUCGUUGGAGCGGAGCUGUGAUUUCAGCAGCCCAUGGGCACGUCUUGCAUGGCUGUUGACGCUUCAGCGAGGUCGCAAAACGCUCGAUCUGAUCUCCGCAAUUGCAGGUGUCAUGGACACAGUAGCCAAACCGUGUCCUGGAGAUCGUGAGGCUGGUGCAGAAGACCGCAUCAGCUGGUACGGCAUUACAAACCCACGCGACGGUUCCCACGUAGCCAACUUCGCUAUAUGCUCAAGCGAUAGGAGGAUGCUUGAGGCCUUAUUGCCUUCUCUUCGUGGUUGCUUCGCUAAGAUGCCGAAGGAUGACAGGCACGUAUGCAGCUUGCGAACGAGCUCAACCCGCUUCCCAAAGUAUUUGGAUCUGCUUGUCGAGCUAGACGCUGAGGCUGAGUUGUCCGGUCAACUACCUGAUCUAAGCCGCUUCGUCUUAUUGCUCCGCGAGAUUUCCUACAAAGGCGAGUGCCAAAGGUACAAGAUCUUGUUCCGCAAACCAUGGCACUUCAUCCCUUCGCUGCCAGAGUUCACAGUCUGUGAGCAAUGCUACGACGAGCUCAUCUGGCCCGCCACACAGUCCAGAUCUACGUCAUCGUCCAUACCGCACAUGUUCAACAAAUCGAUCCAGCUAGUUCCCGGCGAAGACCCUGAUGUCGGAUCAAGCUGCUCUCUGUGGAGCCCGAGGAUGCGCGAGGUCUGGAAGGAAGCUGUCAGGUACGACGACUUUUCUUACCUGAAGAACCAAGCGAAGGAGAGAAAGAGGGCAGAGUCCAAGUACAUGAGGAACAGAAAACACAUUAUGACGUGGAUGGGCGACGCGGAAAAGGGGAGUAGGAAGUGGAAGGAAGCAGAGGAUGCGAUGAGGGAGCUGAAAAAGAGCUGGUAUACUUACGAAUGA